AUGGCCCCAAAGAUCUCCGAUGAGGCUACCUGUCGAGCUAUUUACAAUUUUCUGACCGAUGGAUCGUUCCCCGAGGAAGAAAGCAUUGUUUCCGCGGAAUUUGACUCUACCGCAGCUGCCAAGGAGCUCCAACAGAUAUGCAGAGCAAGAGAGGAGGUUGAGAACGAAAUCGCCUCUCUUAGUCGAGAAACAGCGUCAAACGUGGAUGGAUGGAUAUCCCAGGCGAAACAGCUCCAUGAGGACAUUGAGCGGUCAAGGUCGGCGGCGAGGGAGAUUGUUCGACAACAUGAAAUUGGGCAGCAGCUUCAAAGUCAGGUUAUGGAUGCUUCUAAGAAGGUUGAGCUGCUGGAGAACGAGAUCGCUUUCAACGAGGUCCUGGCGAGAAACCUGGAGGACAUCCGAACUAUCGAGUAUCGCAUAUCUUCUGUACAGAUGGCGAUUGAGCAGGAUGAUUUGGAAACUGCUACUGGACUUUUUGAGGAGAUUGAGAUGCUAAUGGAAACUACGGGUCUGCCUCCGACUACUCCUGUCCUCCGUGUACUGUCUGGAAAUGUGACAGGUUUGCGCACUGCCAUUGUGUCUACCGCACAGCAAAAGUGGAAUUCCUUGGUUAAGAUUGACUCCAAAUUAGGCCAAAUGACUGUCAUUACUGGCAAUUCUGAAUCCCCUUGUAGCCUAGGCAAGGUUCUCACCACCCUUACAAAGUUGGACAUGCUAGACUCCAUCGUGAAUUCAUUGUAUCGCGAUAUUUAUUCUUAUAUCUUAGAUCCAGCUCUCUUACCACCUGGAGCAGCAAACGCCUUGACCAUCUCGCGUGAUGGAGGUUCGAUUCGACUGCUGCCCCAACCUUCUAACGCAAAACCGAUUGACAUUUUUGAUAACCUCAUACUGUUUUUAAAAUAUCUUCAGGAAUACCUACCAGCUACGAUCACAGAUCUCUUGAAUGCGAAGCUAGCCCCACCGAUGAUUUCAUCCCUCGUUUCGAAGAAGUUGUUACCUUCCAUUCCCGCAAGCGUUGACGGGAUGGGGGAAUUUCAGGUGAUAUUGGACCAUACCCUUAAAUUCCAACAAGCUUUAGAUGGACUUGGCUGCUCCGGAUCCACUGAAUUAGCGUCGUUCACGCAACAAAUACCUCGAAUAUGGCUCAAUCAACGACGAAUCAAAUCUCUGGAUGAAGUCAGGGUUGCAUUAUGUGCUAGCCCGGGUGAGACGCGUAAGGUGGAAAGGGUAGAAACAGAACAGGUGUCUCAAAAGGACAAAGUAUUUGCUCAAAAUUCUGACGAUUGGAAUGCUGGAUGGGCCAGUGACAAUGAAGAAAGCAACAACGCCAGCACUCAAAAGGAACCUGUCAGCCAGGAGGAGGAUGAUUUUAGCGCUUGGGGCCUUGACGAGCCUGAUACGCAAGAACCAGAGGAGCAAAAUAAGCCGGCCGUAGAAGGAGAUGGAGACGAAGACGCUUGGGGCUGGGGUGACGAAGACGAGAGUGCAGGCCUUCCCCCGGAAGCAUCUGGUUCUGGGAAUCAAGCUUCAGCUCAUAUGAAUGGAGGCCAUGGAGACGGAAAAGAUUCCCCUCGCCGAGAAGUUACAUUAAGCGAGUUCUACACCAUCACGGACAUACCGGAUUCCAUCAUGAGGAUAAUUUUGAGCCAAAUCUCAGAUUCCGAGAAGCUGGCAUCAACCGACUAUUCCAAUAUUCCUAUCGCUUCGUCCGGCCCAGCUCUGCUCUCAUUCCCCACUUUGGUCAUUGCGAUGUUUAAGGCCUUGGCACCCAUGUUUUACUCUCAAAGGUUCACUGGCGGCCAAAUGUUCCUGUACAAUGACAGCAUGUAUUUUGCCGAACAGCUGCGGUUGAUGAUGGAGACACACAAUCUCUCCAGAUUUCAACCCGAUAUUGAAACUCUCGAAAGAUUUGGGAAGAUUGCCUACAGCAAGGAAAUGCAUUCGCAACGCACAGUCUUGUCCGAUCUGCUGGAUGGGAGUCAAGGAUUUGGCAGCUGCGCAGUGCAGCCAUACCUAGGGGAGUGUGAAAACGCAGUCAGCGCAACAGUUGAUCGAAUGCGGCAUGUUCAUAAAGAAUGGCAGUCUAUCCUGUCACCGUCCGCACUUCUCCAAUCCGUCGGUUCAUUGCUCUCAACCGUCAUUAACAAAAUGAUUCUCGAUAUCGAGGACUUGAGCGAUAUUUCAGAUGCUGAGUCACAACGACUUACCGAAUUUUGCAACCAGAUUUCUAAACUCGAGGAUCUGUUUCUUCCGGAAUCUAAACCUGGUCAAGAUAUGGCGAGUGGACAAGCGGAGGUUGUUCCCAUGACAGCGUUAUAUGUCCCGAACUGGCUAAAAUUCCAGUAUCUGAUAAAUAUCCUGGAAAGCUCAUUAGCGGACAUCAAAUACUUAUGGAAGGAGGGUGAAUUGAAACUCGAGUUUUCUCCGGAGGAGGUAACCGACCUGAUCAGGGCGCUUUUUGCGGAUUCAGACCAUCGGAGAAGAGCAAUUGCUGAAAUUCGCAAGGCUUAAUGAAUAUCGACAUAGAUAAUGUAUUCAUAAUUAAUUUAACGAACGAUUCCGCCUCAGUCAGACUUCGUUUAAGGUUAUUGUGUUCU